GGGAGCUAGUUGGGUUGUUCUGCAGUCUGACAAUAGCAUACAGAGUGUAAACAUGUUCGAAAUUUUGGCUGGCGCAACCAACUGUUGAAUUUUGUAAAAACAAAAAAAUAUUGAAAGUGUUCAGUGUUCGACGGAAGAAAUAGAAUCAAGUCACAAAAGGCUACAUACACAAAUUUCGAAUACAAAAUUAAAGCCAACUAAUUGAGUUCAAGGAAAAUACUGUGAAUUAGUAAUUGUGAGAAAAAUUGUCAUGCUUGAGAAAAUCAAGAAACAAUAAAGUGAAUAAACCAAAAAGUAAUUUUAUUCGAAUUGUUAAAAUGCCGAAAAUAUUUUUUUUGCAUUUCUUCUUUUAAAAAGACUUGAAAACAAAUUCACAACACUUGCAAAAUCUACUUGGUAUAGUUUCCAGCGAAAUUUUUUGAUGAAAUACGGAUUGCGUUUUAAAUAGAUGCAUUACAAAUUCAAGACAUUCAUUAUUGCUAAUAUACAUAAAAUACUUGCUGUGAAUGUCCAUAUACAUAUGUAUAUGCAUGUAAAAAAAGAAUAAAGUGUGGUUGCAGCGAUUACAAAAAAAAAAAACUAGUGGAAAAUACGAAAAGAGUUUGCUUAAUUUAAGAGAAAGCAAAGAAGGAACGAAAUACAGAAAUUUUCUUCGAGAUCUUUGAUGACAACGAUUCUAAAAUGACUGUGAUACAGGAUAUGAAACCAGCGGAUGCUUGUGGUGCGGGCAUAAAUUGCUGUUCCAGUGUUGCUAGUUCUGAAACCUCUAUCGAUGAAUCGUUUGCUUGUGCGAAGCCCAGUUGCACAGGUGAUGUAGUUUGCAAACCAAAUUAUUGUGAAAACUGGGAAGUGAAUUUCGAUCACUGCAAGCAGGUCAACAUCGAAUUCGAAAAUGUUAAAUACACAGUUCGGAAGUUUAAUUUCCAAGAACGUAAAUUUGUGACAAAGGAGAUUUUACAUGGAAUUAACGGCGCAUUUCGAGCUGGAGAACUAACCGCCAUAAUGGGACCCUCAGGCUCCGGAAAGAGUACACUGCUUAAUGUAAUGACAGGGUUUAGAGCUACCGGUGUCACCGGCACAAUACGCGUCAACGGUGAACCCAUUUCAACGAAUUCACCAAGCUUUCGUGAGCUUUCAUGCUACAUACAUCAAGAUGAUCUGCUCAGGCCGCUAAUGAGCGUGGGCGAAACAAUGAUGCUUGCCGCACAUUUGAAGUUGGGAUUCAAUACCUCUAAGGAAUAUAAACAAAAUUUGAUCAAACAUAUUUUGACAUUGCUUGGAUUGGAACACCGUUACAAUGUGUUUGCUGCAAAACUUUCCGGCGGUCAGAAGAAGCGGUUGGCCAUAGCGCUUGAACUGAUAAGCAAUCCGCCUGUUUUGUUUUUGGACGAGCCAACAACUGGCUUAGAUAGCUCAUCGUGUAGUCAAUGUGUUUCGCUACUUAAGAAGUUGGCCUCCCUGGGACACACCAUUGUUUGUACCAUCCAUCAGCCGAGCGCACUAAUAUUUGAAAUGUUCGAUAAACUCUAUACUGUCGUCGAUGGCAAUUGCAUUUACCAGGGACCAGUGCGAGAACUGAUACCUUUCUUGGAGGGACAGGAUUUGGUGUGUCCGAGCUAUCACAAUCCUGCCGAUUUCUUGCUGGAGAUUGCAGUCGGGGAACACGACCGUGAUUUAGUGAAACUCGUAAAUGCGGCAAAUAAAAAGUACCACGAAGAUACCGACAAUCAACAAAUAAACGUACAAUGUCUGCUAUCCAAAAUUAAAGAUAAUGAGGCAUGCAGUAAAAUCGCCAGCAAUCUAAAACGUUUCCCCGCCGCCAUAUCGAAACUCACAGCCUUCGACUAUGUUAAGCCCGCCGCGGACGACGUGUCUUUAGAGGAAAUGAAAACGCUCAAUGCCAGAGCAGCUACAAAUGCCAUGAUGGAUGAUAGUGACAACGAGGUUGGCUCAGCAGCGCGUACGAAAAGCAAUGACCGUUAUACGGCCUAUAAGGCCGUGCGCACAGAGCAGGCCUCAUUUAUAAUGCAAUAUUUUCUGCUACUUAACCGUAUUUUUAUAUGUGCAAGGCGUAAUUACUUUCUGCUGUUGGCUCGUCUAAUGUCACACAUUGUAAUUGGCUUGAUAUUUGGCUACUUGUAUAUGAAUGUCGGCGAUAAAGCCACUACUGUGCUCGGCAACUAUGUCUAUUUGUAUGGUUCGAUAUUGUUGUUGGUCUACACAGGAAAAAUGGCCGUGGUAUUAACAUUUCCCUUAGAGAUUGGAAUGCUGACCAGAGAGCACUUUAAUCGGUGGUACGGCCUAACUCCUUACUUCCUGUCUUUGUUGUCCUUUGAAAUACCAUUUCAGAGCAUUUGUACAGUACUGUACACAGUCAUCAGCGUUUACUUAACCGGCAACAAUGCAGACGAAAGUUUUCGAAUUUACUACUUCAUCAUAUUGGCAGUUUUAGCUUCAUUGAGCGCUCAAGCAUGGGGCUUCUUUGUUGGUGCGACGUUGCCCACCAAGUUAGCUGUAUUUGUGGGUCCGAUCUUGGCAGUUCUGUUCUCGAUCUUUGGAUUUUGUACGCGAUACAUAGAUAUAACACCUAUCUUCCGCUGGAUGUGGCACAUUAGCUAUUUCCGAGCGGGUUUCCACGGUGCACUCAACGCUAUUUACGGCCUCGAGCGUCCCUUCCUGUCAUGCCCUAAUGAUACAAUGUACUGCCACUUUCGCAGUCCGAAAGUGUUUCUCAACUAUAUGAUGAUCUCCGAUGUUAAUAUGGCCGAUUGUGUUACGCUGAUGGUUGUCGUGAUGGCCGUUAUGCAUACGCUUACACUGAUUACGCUCUGGCACAAAUUGAACAAACGCUAAUUAACCAAAUAUGCACUAUACGCAAAGUACAUGAAUAGUUUAAGUAUACGAACCAAAAAAGUUACAACAAAUUAUGUAAUGUAUAAUAUAUACUUAUGUUUGUGUGGUAUAUGUAUGCACAAUAUUUAUACGUUUAUGUGGGAUUAUGGCUUUUACUUAUUUGAACUCAUGACUCUAUAAUCAUUUUAAUCAUUAUUUUUAUUUCUUCCAUAACAAACUCAUAUGAGAAAAGCCAAAUGAAAAGAAAAACUUUGUAAAGAUUUUAUAUAUUUGUUUGUAAUUUGUAAAACUAGUUGAUAAGAAUUUAUACAAGUGCAUAUGUACAUAGUUGCUUUAGAUAGUUUAUAUACAUAUAACAAGGAAAAUAGUAUUAAAUAUUCAAAAUGUACCAAAUUUGUCCAUAGAGGAAAUAGAUAGAGGUAAAAUUCAUUAGUUCUUGCCAAUUUUUUUAAUGAUGAUUUACGAAAAAUCUCGAAUAAAAUUACAAUCUAACUCUAUGUUUUAACUGGAAUGCUUAACAUUUAUUCAAUCAAAUUUUGUAUGUGUACAUAUCUUUAUACAUAUGGAUAACCCAUUAAAAUACAUACAAAAAUUUUCAAACAAAUGCACAUUCCUAACUACAAAUAAAAUCAGAAAAACUUGAUGUUGUCAUUAAACAAA